GCUCCGAGCGGGAGGCGGCGGAGGGAGGCGGGAGCCAUGCGGGAGUACAAGGUGGUGGUGCUGGGCUCGGGCGGCGUGGGCAAGUCCGCCCUCACCGUGCAGUUCGUGACCGGCUCGUUCAUCGAGAAGUAUGACCCCACCAUCGAGGACUUCUACCGCAAGGAGAUCGAGGUGGACUCGUCCCCGUCCGUGCUGGAGAUCCUGGACACGGCGGGCACCGAGCAGUUCGCCUCCAUGCGGGACCUCUACAUCAAGAACGGGCAGGGCUUCAUCCUGGUGUACAGCCUGGUGAACCAGCAGAGCUUCCAGGACAUCAAGCCCAUGCGGGACCAGAUCAUCCGCGUCAAGAGGUACGAGCGGGUGCCCAUGAUCCUGGUGGGCAACAAGGUGGACCUGGAGGGCGAGCGCGAGGUCUCCUUCGGGGAGGGCAAAGCGCUGGCCGAGGAGUGGAGCUGCCCCUUCAUGGAGACCUCGGCCAAAAACAAAGCCUCGGUGGACGAGCUCUUCGCCGAGAUCGUCAGGCAGAUGAACUACGCGGCGCAGCCCAACGGGGACGAGCCGUGCUGCGCCUCCUGCGCCAUCCUCUGAGGGCGGCGGCGGCCCCGGCCCCGCAGGAACAAAAGCAUCGGCAACAAAUUCAUCGUCUUGGAAAUGUGGCUUUUCUCGGCAUGUACGUUUCGUCCAGUCUUGGUCGUGGCAUAUUUCCUGUCAGUGUCGGCGGCGGGCGCGGGAGGAGCCGGUCCCGCCGCCCGGGGAGCGGAGCCACGCGGGGAACCCGCCCCGGGACACCCCCGGGGAGCGGAGCCGGCAUCCCGGGACACCCCCGGGGAGCGGAGCCGGCAUCCCGGGACACCCCCGGGGAGCGGAGCCGGCAUCCCGGGACACCCCCGGGGAGCGGUGCCGGCAUCCCGGGACACCCCCGGGGAGCGGUGCCCACCCCGGGGAGCGGUGCCCACCCCGCGGCCCCGCGCCCGCCCUCCCCGGGUCUCUAUGCAAGCGGGCGGCGGUGCGGGGCCGUCCCGCCCGGAGAGUUGCACAUGGAACUGGGACUGUGACCCGGACGGUGCUGCCAGGCACGGGGCGCCGGGCAGCGCUGCCGAUAUCCCUGGAAUAAUGCUCUAUUUUGUUUACCUGCUGUAUCGGAUGGGAGUUUGCAGGAGAGUGGUAGCGUGGUGGGUUUCUCCUGGUUUUUGUUUUAUUUGUUUUUGGUUUAUUUUUUUCUUAAAUCAGCUGUGAAAAUGUUACAAAUCUGCACAAUUUUUGAGGCGUGCGUGUGUGUGUGAUUUCGUUGUGGUUUUGGUUUUUCCUUUGGCGGGUGGGAGCGAUGGUGCUUUUUCUGCCGAGGGGUUUUGGGUUUGGGUUGGCAAUAACUGAUUUUGAUGACUAGCUCUCUCAAGUGCAAAGACUUCCUAUGAGUGAUGCAGGGCCAACAGCAGCCCUGUGUCUGCAGAGUGCCUUCAAAACUCAGCUGUUCCAGCCGGUGCCAACCUGUGAAAGCUCCACAGAAUCCCAUUAUCUACUACUCCAAAAACUACUUAACAGUUUCCUUGCAGUAAUCACACCGAGCAAGGCAGGACAAAAGGGCCUAUUGUUAGUGGAAUUUAUUUCCUAUUUCCAUCUGAGCCUUUUAACUGUUAUUUCCAUGUCUUGCAAGUUCGGGCUUCAUUUACUUCAAAUUUACACGAAUUUAGCCUUUUGGGAUUUUGAGGGGGGGGGCUUUUUUUGUUGUUGUUGUUCUUUUUCCCUUUGAUUUUGUCGUGGGAUGUACCUCCAGCCAGCAAAGAAGGAAAUCUUAUCGUUGUGAUGUACCAAGAAAAUUCUAACAACUGUCAUUUUAAUUGCAGACAUGCAUUGAAGAGAUGUCUAUCCAUUUUAAUACAAAUCCUGUUUUUUAGAAAACAACUUUGUGCACUGUUAUGUAUCACACGAAACACUGACUUUCUCACAGGCCUUUAUAUCUCAGUGGCAGUGAAAGGUGGGGGGUUGAUUUAGCUAAGGACAGCGUUUAAAAAACAUGCAAAACAGAAGAUUGCUGUUUUACCUAACAUUUAGUCAUUUUUAAUGCAGUGUUUUGCUUGCCCUCAGGUCCUGGCCCAGUGUGAUGCCAGCUUGUGAGAGGAAGGCUGUGCUCAGAGGAAGCUUUAGGAAGGUAGCGUGCCCUUAAUGCAACAGCCCUUGUAAGGUUAGGCCCUUAUUCCUUUCUAGAAGCAACGUGGUUUAUUGGGGUGAAAUUCUAAAGGUCAAUUAUUUAUGAAAUUUAAGCUUUUAAUUUCGUUGCAUUAUCACCCUUUAAAAUUAUAAAUUGUAUCUUUAUUUGUUUCCUGGUUUGCUGAGGGUUGGGUUGGGAGGAGAUCUGUGCCUCCCCUCAGCUGGAAGAUUCAAGGAGUGUGUUUACCCCCAUUAUCUUCCUCUUUGCCUCUUCUUUAAAGGUUUGCACACGAAACCCGGGACUCUUUUGUUUCCUUUUUUUUUGCCCCCAUCCCAAGAAGACUUGAAGUUGUCUUACAUCACAAGAACAAAGGUUGAGCAAUGCUGUGUAAAAGGGGUUUUAAUCAAGCCAACAGAAAACUAACUACCAUGAUUCCUCUGUGAAUCUGGUCAUUUUAAGUAGGAAAAUGUUGUGCCUCAGCACUGGAAGAACAAUGUGUGGUGUUAGUUUAUGUAUUGAAAUCCCAGUGAUCGAAAUGAAUAUUGUAAUUUGUGCUGUGGUCAGAAUUGGACACUUUUUGUAGCAAUGUCAAAUAUCUCCUGAAAAUUUGGAAUACCUACAUACUGAAAACAUGUGUCUCCUCCUGAGCUCCGUGUGCCCCUCCACAAGGACCUGCUCUGAUCCCAUCCCUGGGGCUGUGCCAGUCUCACUGGUAACAAUCCCAGCCCAAACUGAGGGCUGGAGGAGGCAGCCCUGGUGCUGGUCCCUCACUGCUGCCUCUGCCUGCUUGUAACAGAAAUAUUGAUCCAGCCCCCAUUUUUAAGUGAAAAUCAAAAACCUCAUUCCAGAAAUUCCUAAAAAUGAAUUGGAAGCCAGAGGACUCCCAUGUUGGGAGGGCAGGGGAAUAACUCUUCUUGGCAGGGGCUUCUCUUAACCCACGUACUGCAUUGGAAGCUAAGGAAGCUCGACUGCUGCCAUGUCUGCAGCUUAAAAACUGCAUGUCUGAAGUUUUAGAUAAAAAUGUCAUAAAUGCACAUCUCAGCUACUGCCAUGGUUCAAUUCUGCCUUAAAUUCCACGGGAAUGUAGGGCUUCUAGCGCCCAACAGGCCUUGCUCUAGGUCAGUGUAUGGACAGCAGCUUGUUCUGGUUGAUAAAAGCAGGUGUUUUUUAUGUCCUCCCCAAGGACCAGCAGAUCCCUCAUGUUCUCCAGUGCCUCUGUUUCCCCACUGCCUGUGCUGUGAUUGAGGACAAGGCAAAAACGGGUGUUUGUAGCACACAAAGUCCGGCUUUGCUGAGCCUGGCAGAGCAGCUGAGGGCAGCCUGCUGAGCUCUGCCUUGUGCUGGGCCUUUCUUUGGUACGUUCUGGUUCUGGCCCAAAAGGUGUGUGCGUUAACCAGUGAAGCAUUUAAGCAGCCAUGGCAUGGUCUGAUCAGGGGUUUAAAUGUAUUUGGGUGUUUAAUGUUCUAUAAGAUUGGUGGGGACAGUACAAAGUGUAGAGCUCAGUAGUCUGAUCUUCCAAAUACUCUGAAGUGUUUUGGUGCUUGUUAAAUGUAGGUCUUGUCUAUGAAAAAGUCUGAAAAAAAUCAUCCUGCUUUAACUUGACUGAGUAAUGAAAGCUAUAUUAGCUUCGACACUUGAGGGAAAUGUUGUAUCAAUAUAAAGGUACUCUUUUAUUCCUUUUCCCUGUGGGAAUAUGUUGCACCCGUGUCAAUACGGAGGUGGUAUAUUGCUCUUUUCACAGUGAGAAUUGCAAAUAUAUAAUUGUUUUGGAAGAAAAAUGACAUUCCCGGCCAAAAUAUUUCCUGACAGUGCAGAAAUUGUGUAAACAACGCCUUGGUUUAAGGCUGGUCUUGUGGCCACAUAUUUUGCUGUACAUAAUGAUUGUAUUUUUAAAAGUCCAAGCUUGUUCUAUUGCAAGAAAGUGUCUCUGGUAUCCCAGUGUCCGUGACUGUAACCAUGCCAUGUUCUCAGCCUCAGUCCCAACACAAGUGCAGUUCUCUCAACACGAUGCUCAGGCUUUGUUGAUGCUGAUGGUGCUGGAGCUGAUGUGGAAUUCUGUGGCUGUGGGAUUCUGGCAGUUCUGCUUCUCUCAAAAGAAUGUAAAGCAAGUUGUUUGCAAAGGGCAUUUUAAAUAAAGGGCAGCUGGCUCUUUAUGACUUCCUCA